AUGCAGACCUGGUUUCUAUUGAUGGUGUUGUUACUGGCUGGUGCGCACGGCGGUGGGGUUACUAAAACCGAUGAAGAUGGUGUAACACAGCGUUGGAGCGAAAAUAUCAAGGAGUUAGAACAUUUGUAUGGUAAAACGUCUGACAAGGAUUUUUACGGGGAAAAAUUGCCACCGAGUGUCACAUUUGAUGCAGCUAAAAUUAAGUUUAUGGGAGGAGCCUUGGAGAAAACGCAACGAUUAUCAACAAGCGAUUUGACUCAAGCGAAGCCUACGUACCCGUACAAUCAUAAUUAUGACGAUGAAUUUAACAAUCAAUUUAAGAAAUUGGAAAAACCUAAACGCUCCAAUAAUUACAUCAGCUACUCAGAUUUCAAACCAAUUAGUCAUAUUGAUGUUUCUAAUACCUACAAUUAUCUAAAACUGGGACAGAGGGAAAAACAGAACACCCAAGGAUCCGGCGUAUUUGAACCAUCCUUUAGUUAUGUAGGUAGGAAUCCUGAAGAAAGUGAUGCGUAUAGAAACAAUCAAGAUAUUCUAUACACUUCAGAAGCCAAUAAAGUCAGAGAAAGUGGAAGCAAAGAGAAGCUAGAAGAAAAUAGAAAUCAUGUUACAAACAAAGACAGAAGUAAAUUGAGACCAUUAAAAGGAAAGACUUUAAUCUCCCGAACCAUAUGCCGCGCGGGGGUUUGCAGAAAAAAAAUUACAGACUCCAAUCGAUUGCAUGCGAGGCCCACCGUAAAGAAGAUAAAGAGAAUCGUUUAUAAUUAUUGA